AGAGACUGCAAACAGGCUCCAGUAGCACGGCAGCGCGGCAGACCUUGCUGUUCGACUGCAACGGAACUGCAUAGGGACUAACACUCUGCCUGCUGACUGAGCGGGAUCUCGCGAGAGCGGUGGCGUGGCUGGCUGGCUGGCAGUAAGGUUGCAGUAGACAGAGGGAGAAGGCAGGCAGCAUCAUGGCGGACAGAGACAGUGGAAGUGAGCAGGGAGGAGCAGCCACGGGCCCGGGUGUCGCUUCCAUGCACCCGGUGACAGGAGGGGCGGGCUCGGCUUCCGGGCUGCAACACGAGACUCAAGAGCUCGCUUCGAAGCGGGUUGACAUCCAGAACAAACGUUUUUAUUUGGACGUAAAGCAGAACGCGAAAGGCCGAUUCUUGAAGAUAGCAGAAGUCGGGGCCGGGGGAAACAAGAGCCGCCUCACUCUCUCCAUGUCCGUCGCUGUCGAGUUCCGCGACUACCUCGGGGACUUCAUCGAACAUUAUGCCCAGUUGGGGCCAAGCAAUCCCGACAUGGUGCAAGACGAGCCGCGGCGCGCGUUGAAGAGCGAGUUUCUGGUCCGGGAGAAUCGGAAAUACUACAUGGAUCUAAAGGAGAACCAGAGAGGCCGGUUUCUAAGGAUUCGGCAAACCGUGAACCGGGGGCCCGGUCUGGGAUCCACGCAGGGGCAGACGAUCGCGCUUCCCGCACAGGGACUUAUCGAGUUUCGCGACGCGUUGGCGAAACUCAUCGACGACUACGGAGUAGAGGACGAACCCGCGGAACUGCCCGAGGGGACCUCUUUGACUGUGGACAACAAGCGCUUUUUCUUUGACGUGGGCUCCAACAAGUACGGGGUGUUCAUGAGGGUAAGCGAAGUAAAGCCGACCUAUCGCAACUCUAUCACGGUGCCCUACAAAGUGUGGUCCAAGUUCGGGAACACUUUCUGUAAAUACGCAGAGGAGAUGAAAAAGAUCCAAGACAAGCAACGGGAGAGAAGAGCAUGUGAGCAGCAGCAAGGAGAGAUGCACGCAGAUGAUGAUGGGGAUGAGGAUUGAUAAUUAGUGGAGAGGUAAACAUGCAAAAAAAAAA